CUUCCGAUUUCCUCAUUUCUGUUGUGUUUACCAUACCGACGCUUUAUAUUACCUCCGGCGAAUUCAUUUUCUGCCGAGGUAUUAAUCGCUUAACGCUGAACUUUCCCCGGGAGAUCUCCUCCGCAGUUUUGCUUGAUGGGAUGGAGGAUGUUCUUCUACACUCUGUUUAUUCUCUUCAAUAUGGUUGAAUCCUCCAGUAGAUCAGGGAAGAUGUGGUUACUGAAUCUAAGCACCGAAGCAGCUCCUAACUUCAGCUGGACAAUUUUCAGUGCUGGUGUAUUCGUCAUUGUUGCACUUGUUCUUUCCACACUUCUCAUCAUUGAGCAUUUAGCUUCUUAUAAUCAGCCAGAGGAACAGAAGUUUCUGAUUGGUCUUAUACUGAUGGUUCCUGUUUACUCUCUAGAAUCGUUCCUGUCUUUGUUAAAUUCAAAUGGUGCAUUCAAUUGGGAAGUGAUACGGGACUGCUAUGAGGCUUUUGCAUUAUAUUGCUUUGAAAGAUACCUUAUUGCUUGCUUGGGUGGUGAGAAACGUACACUCGAAUUCAUGGAAAGUCAGACUGUUUUUGAUUCUGACACACCUCUUUUGGCGGAAAAAUAUGCAUAUGGGGUUGUAGAACAUCCUUUUCCCUUAAAUUGCUUCGUAAGGGAUUGGUAUCUUGGUUCUGACUUCUAUCAUGCGGUUAAAAUUGGUAUCGUUCAAUAUAUGAUAUUGAAGAUGAUAUGUGCUCUCCUAGCUAUGAUUCUUGAAAGUUUCGGGGUCUAUGGAGAAGGAAAGUUUAACUGGAGAUAUGGCUAUCCCUAUUUGGCGGUUGUACUUAAUUUUAGUCAAUCGUGGGCCCUGUAUUGUCUUCUCCAAUUCUAUUCUGUCACAAAGGACAAAUUGGAAUCAAUUAAACCAUUGGCCAAGUUUCUUGUGUUCAAGUCGAUCGUUUUCCUCACUUGGUGGCAAGGUGUUGCCGUUGCCUUUCUUUUCUCAGUAGGAGCUUUUAAAGGGUCCUUGGCUCGCGAGCUAAAGACGCGCAUACAAGAUUACCUCAUAUGCAUUGAGAUGGGUAUUGCUGCCGUCGCACAUGUUUACACCUUUCCAGCAGUACCUUAUAAACGUGGAGAAAGAUGUGUUCGCAAUGUUGCGGUGCUAACCGACUACGCAUCCUUAGGAACGCCACCUGAUCCAGAGGAGGUUAGAGACUCCGAACAAAUAACUAAAAUACGCUUGGGUCGCCAUGACGAGAGAGAGAAGCGUUUGAGUUUUCCCCAGAGUGUUCGAGAUGUUGUAAUUGGAAGCGGCGAAAUUAUUGUCGAUGACAUGAAGUAUACAGUCACACACGUCGUAGAACCAGUCGAAAGGGGUAUUUCAAAACUUAACAAAACGAUCAAUCGGUUCUCCGAAAAUGUUAAACGGCAUCAAGAACAGCGGAAGAGUGCGAAGGACGAUAGUUAUCUGAUUCCUUUGAAGUCCUGGUCAAGAGAAUUUUCUGAAGUUGAAGAAAAUGUUACUCAAGGCAGCGUUAGUGACAGUGGAAUAUCCAACGGUAAGAGACAAAGAAUUGGCAGAUAAGAUGGCAUUGGUGUGUAUUAAGUAAGUAAUGUAAAUCAUGGGAACCCAUAUGUUGGCAUGAUUAUUAACCAUGCUGAUGUUCUUAGUUUAGAAAAAGGAAUCGACGGCGGGGACGUUAGCUUGCUAAACUUACCGGCCCUUGCCCCCUGUAGAGCUAACCCUUAACCCAAACUCAAUCAGAUUAGCUUCAGACACUGGAGGAAACAAGAAAAAGGAAUCGACGGCGGUGUUCUGUGGGAAAGAUGUGGUGACUAUUUAGCCAUCGAUCAAAGUAAGCUCUUCUAUUUCCUCGGAGCCAUUGUUUGCCCCCAAAAUUUGCUUUCAUGCAAGACUUCUUUAACUAUAUUGUUUAUUCAGUAAUCAUGAACAGUGAACUUACCACAAUUGUUGCCCUCUCUCUCUCUCUCUCUCUCUCUCUCUCUCUCUCUCUCUCUCUCUCUCUCUCUCUCUGGUUCUCAGGUUGGUAUUUUUAUUUAUCUUCUGGCAUUUCUGGAUUGUAUUAAACAUAAUUGACACCAAGUACAGUGAUAUUUAUGCAUUUUGUGUAACUAUCCAUGCAAUUCAUAUUCCGCACUUGAUA